AGAAGAAAUUCGACGUCUAUUUCGUCUUUGUUUACAAAGUCGUUACCUUUUUUUAUCUACGAAAUAUGAUUUAUUAUUCAUUAAAGGAAUAAAUUACGACAACCAAGGCAAAAUCUACUGGUGGUUCAAGUAAACAAUAACAUGGAAUUCAAAUCUAAGCAUGUUUCCCAUACUUUCCUUCGGCUGAGUGGUCGGUCAUUGACGUGAGUAUAGCAGACGACGUUAAGGACAAUGUAAUCAACGUGAAGAACUUUCAAUGUGCAUUUCCGGCGAAAUCCUAUUCCACAAGUUUGUUAUCUACCUGCAUAGUGUUGGGAAUUAAAUUCAGCGCCUAUUUCCCCUAUCAUAAAAGAGUUACUUGUCAUUGUGCCAUGAAAUGGCUUGUAUAAAUAUUGAUGAAGAAAAGCUUAUCAGUAACUCAUCUUCCUCAGCAGAGAAAAAUCCAGAUUUUCUAGUCAUCCGUGUGAUUGGCCGAAUUGUGAUCAGUGUUAUUAAACAAUGCUGGGCGUUGAGUAGUGCUAUGUUUAUUACUAUUUGCAUUUUCUAUUGGAUUUUUGGAGGUAUCUCUGCAUUUGUUCUUCUUUGCUUUUCAGCUGCAGGCAUAGUCUAUCGAGCUGGAGAUCAGUUGCUGUAUUAUCCAGAAAUUCCGCUAAACUCUAGGAUAUUUGUACCUGCACCAAAUACCUUGGACCUACCAUUUGAAAAUGUUUUUAUCAAAAGUCUGGAUUCAACCAAACUUCAUGCAUACUUCAUCCCACAACCACAAAUGCAACAAUGUGCAACUAUUCUGUUCUUUCACGGGAAUGCCGGCAAUAUCGGACAUAGACUGCCAAAUGUAAAGGGGCUUUUCAAACAUCUACAAGCUAAUUUAUUGCUGGUUGAAUAUAGAGGCUAUGGUCUGUCAGAAGGGACACCUUCUGAAUCUGGUCUCUAUAGAGAUGCACAAGCCGCUCUAAAUUACCUGUUAAGUAGGCAAGAUAUCGAUCAAAGGAAAAUCAUAAUUUUUGGAAGAUCAUUAGGAGGAGCUGUAGCCAUCGAUCUGGCUUCUCGGGCGUGUAACACGGAGAAGAUAGCCUGCGUCCUUAUCGAAAACUCAUUUACUUCAAUCCCAGACAUGGCUAUUCAAAUCUUUCCAUGGAAAGGGUUAAGAUAUCUACCUCUUUGGUUUCAUAAGAAUAAAUUUCAAAGUAAGAAGAAAGUGACAUCUCUUCAGUGCCCUAUGGUUUUUAUUUCGGGUCUCUCUGACCAGUUGGUUCCGCCCUCUAUGAUGGUGGACCUCUACACGCAUUGCGGCAGCGAACGCAAGUUUCUCCUGCAGAUUCCAAAUGGAGAUCACAAUGGGACCUGGACAAAACCCUUUUACUACAAGCAAUUGGAAAAAGCCAUCCAAGAUGUCUGCAGCGACCGGCUUCUGAAUCAACAGCAUUUGCAAGUUUUACCCGUUACCGCGGUGUAAACAGCCAGAGUAUCUAAAAUACUCUAAUGCCCCCUCAUCUCUUGUAGCUAAGACUGUCUAAAAUUGUUUCUAAAACGCAAAUGUUUUUGUUUUUGCGCCACCGGUUUUUCUAAUACAAAUAAUGACGAAAUUUCA